AAUCAAUUGUCUCAGUCUUUUCAAGAACAAAAUAGAGGCAAUAUUAAUACAACUCUAUCCAACAAAGCUAUUAUACAGUCUGCACUUAAACAUCUCUUUGAAGAAAAACAAACAGAUUGGAAAAGAUGUAAUUUCAUAAAAACUG